AUGAAGCGUGAAGUGGCCAUUGGUAGUCUGGACCCAGGAUGGAGCAUCAAGGACUCCUUCCAAGUGCUGCAGCUCUUUGUCAUCAACAAGUCUCGUGACUACGGUUUGGAACAGCACUGCUUUAUGAAUCACCCUCACAAGGUAGAUACCAUGGUGAAUGUUGUUCUGAAUCCCUACAUGUUCUCUGGUGAUAUUGGGUUUGUCAAAAAGACAGCCGAUUCCCUUUACCAGCACUACGAUGACUUUGAUGAGGAGAAUGAGCAUACCUUCAAGAAUAUGAUUCUCAAAUCUCUACACCCUGACCUCAAGGCCAAGGUGAAUGGAUUGGAGGACCAGAAUGAUCGUGCUCUUGUGACUUGGAUCAAGGUUGUCCGUCAAUGGAAAAUCAUUACCAGUGAACAAGCUACCAAACUCAAGCAUGAAUUGGAGGGAUGCCUCAUUCAGAAGUUUGAUCGCAUGGACGUUGUUGUCGCUCUUGAGUUCAUCAAGCCCAGAGCCGAAGCAUUGUAUGACACACGUGAUUGGGAUCCUCUUUUUAUCAUUCCCUUUCUCAGAUCCUUGUUCAAUGCAUACCCCAACGACUCUGAGUUUCAUCUUGGAUGGUGA